UAUAGAAAAAUGUCUACUUGCUGUUGCUGUUUUCCUCUAAAAGUUGGUGUCUGGAUAAUUGCUAUUAUUGAGUUGAUAGUUGUGGUUCUGAAACUAGCUGCCACAUCCUGGAUUCAUUAUGCUAUUGUUAAAAACAAUGAACAGUAUCUGAUAACGGAUGAACUCCUGGGAUAUUUCAUCCUGGAGUAUGUCAUUUGGAUCUCAGGAGUACUUUGUGUACUCCUACUCAUUAUUGGUCUAAUAACUGAGACUGCUGGGUAUAUGGUACCAUCUCUAAUCUGGGGAAUAAUUGGUAUUCUACUCAAUGCUGCUUCUAUGAUUUGGCAGGUUGUGGAAGCAGUGGACUCAGAGAAACCAGGAUUUACUAUUGGAGGCAUCGUUAUAGGAUAUCUGAUCGGUUUCCUGAUCGGUUUGUACUUUCUCUCUGUAAAGUACAGGAGAUACAAAGAGUUAAAGGAAGAGGAUGGAAUCCGACCAAUGAAUUAGAAAAUUAAAAGUUAAAAAUUCUAUUUCAGUAAUAUAUACUUUUCAAUUCAUAUCGGAUUUAAAGAGACUGUAAGCGUAAUUUCAAGUAACCCUCCUGUCAAAGAUGCCAAUACCCGAUUCACAACAGUACCCAUGAAACCAUAAUCUGAUUUUAAAAAGUUGACUCAAUGAGCAUUUAAUUUAAGAUAAUUUAUCUAUUGAUUCUUAUAAAAAGGAAAUGCACAAGUCAAUUUCGCAAGAAACUUGCAAAGUAAAAUCAACAGUUUAAAUUAAAAAAUCAAAAACAUUUUUAUCCGAUUCAUACAUGAUAUGAGAGACAUUGCUUUCACAUGAAAUUAUGCUUACUGUCCCUUUAAAUGUAAAAUUUUUUCUUUUUGUUUGAAAUCUCAAAAUAUCCUUAAAAGUAUAUUUAGUGGUUUUGAAUCAUCUUUUUCAAUGACAGCCCAUGCAUAUCAAUAUUGAAAUAUGUCUUUAAUUUAAAUAUCAACAGAUUUGCAAACGUUAUGAGAUGUAUGUUUUGCCUUACAAAUAAAAAAUAAGUAUUUAAGUAUGUACCGUUGUAAGCAAUAUAUAUCAGUAAAAUUCGUUUAAUGAUAGUGAUUAAAUACAAAGGCAAACAUGUAAUAUCUAAUUAUAGUUUAUGGUUCUUUAUAUAUACAUAUAUAUGGUCACCACUGUAUCAAAAUCUUUUUGUGCCCGUUUAGUUCCAAUGUGCCAUAAAUACUCAAUAUAUUUUAAAAUUUGAUUAAAUGAAAAAAAUUAAAUAGUAAAGUGGUGACAAGAUAGAUAUUUGCAAAUAAAAUUCGAAAAUAUUUAUUUAUUUUUUGUUGUUUUGCUAAAAUUAACAGACUCUUAUUGUGCCAAUUUAUUUUAUACUCAAUAUUGUGAUU